GCUCAAGGAGAAAGUUUGUGGAGAGCAGUGAGUGGCGCAGCGGGCUGAUUAAGAGCGACUUCCUUCCUCCGCCGGCACAGUAGCAUGGAGUUAGGGGCUUAUAAAUACGAGCUAAACAGUUUCUCAAACAAACAAGCCUAUAGACUGCUGGAACUCGCAAGAACUUGAACGGACACAACCGAGGCGCAAACAUGAGUGAUGUAACGGGACUGCUUGUUGUCAUGCUGGUUUCCAUGAUGGGAAGAACCGGCGGGGCAGGGGCGAAUAACGGAUACUGCAUCGGGAACCAGUGUUUCGGGAUGAUCCAAGACCCCAGCGAUUUCACAACAGCCCAGAAUCAAUGUAAAGAUCAAGGAGGCCACUUAAUGACAGUGCGCUCAUCUGUAUCACAUGAUAUUCUGAGUAUUUUGCUGGGGAACUUCACGGGGCGGUUCUGGAUCGGUUUGCAUCUGGGGACCGACUGUCCAGAAGCUGCUGCUGGGCUGAAAGGAUUCCAGUGGGUGACCGAAGACAGCGAGAGUGACUUCUUCAACUGGGCGCCAAGCUUUGACAGCAGCUGCUCCUCUCCUCGGUGCGUCUCAGUUUCCAAAGAGAGCGACUUCAAAUGGACCCAGGAACCAUGUGGUGAACAGGCGGUCGGGUUUCUCUGCGAGUACGACUUAAUUCAGCCAUGCAAAAAUCUAGAGGUUCCACAGGGCGAGUCUGUCACCUACAUGACCCCUAUGGGGUUUAAGGUCGAGGAUGUGCUGACUCUGCCCAUGGGCACCAUCGCUACCCGGAUGCCAUCUGAGACUAAAUACGUCUGCUUCUCCGAGAAGUGGCUGAAGGCGCCCUGGAGCUGCGAGAUACAAGAAGGCGGGUGCGAGCACAAAUGCGCAGUGGACCCAAACGAAGUCCCGUCCUGUUACUGUCCGCCGGGUCAAAUCGUCAGCCCUGAAAAUAAAGUCACCUGCGAAGAGGCCACAAACGACCCGUGUCUCGCCCUGCGCUGCGAUCACGCCUGUUACAAGAGCGAUGGCUCCUACGCGUGCGUGUGCGACCACGGAUAUAAGCUGGCUCAGGACGGCAGGUCGUGCGUGGACUUCAAUGACUGCAAGGACGAGCGGCAGUGUCCCGGGGAGAACUUCAAGUGCAUAAACACCAUCGGCGGCUUUCAGUGCGUCUGCGAGGAUGGAUACGUGAAGUCCGACAGCCUGUGCGUCGACGACAACGAGUGCUUCUCUGCUCCGUGCGAGCACGACUGCCACAACACUCCUGGUAGCUACAACUGCUCGUGUUUUGAGGGAUAUAAAGUGGAUCCAAAGUCGCCGAAUAAGUGUAAACUUCACUGCGGGAGGGAGGAGUGCGCUGCGGAGUGCGACCCGAACGAUGCGUCCCAGUGCUAUUGUCCUGACGGUUAUGUAGCAGAGGAAAGAGAGGACCACACGGUGUGCAUAGAAAUUGACGAGUGCAUCUCCAAUUUUUGUGAUCAGCACUGUACAAACACAUUCGGUAGCUAUGUGUGCUCAUGCUCUCCAGGAUAUACGUUAGUUAACCAAUACAAUUGCGUAAAAAACGAGGAUCACACAGAUGGAUCACAGGACUCGACCACCGCUCCAGACUUCCCCACAUCAUCAUACAUACCUGGACCAACAAGGCAGCCCUCGGGGGUGUCAGUGGGAGCGUUUGUUGGGAUAAUACUGUGUACUGUCUUUUUGAUUGUGCUGGUGGUUUUUCUGGCUCAUCACAUCCUCAGCCGCAGAGGGAAGAUGGAGAGCAGCGGUGCGCUCAAAGCUCAGGAGGGUGAGGCUCACGGUUUACACCGUGUGGCCACAGACGCUUAAAGAGAAAGAGAGCGGCUUCAGAGGGACAGCUAAAGCGAGACAUGUGAAUGUGCAGAUCAAGACUCGACUACAGAGCUACAGAGACAGUCUCUACAGAGACACGGUAUGAAGGAUGCAGAUUUCACAGCAAAAUAAAAGCUAUGGAGGACAGGAGCGUGGUCAUGUCACAGGAGAGGUGGUCACUAUAAACUCACAAUACAACAGAAAUAUUAUGCAAACAACUAAGGUUUUCACCGCCUGGGAAAACUGGUUUUAAUCUACAAUUCAACUCACGUACAACAGUUUGAAUGUAAUGAGAAUGACAAAGAACUUUGUUUUUUUAAACGUCUGUGCUGAAACAGUAUUAAAUUAUAAAAAUAUGAAUGAA